AUGAAGGGCUCUUUUUCAAAGAAGGAAGCUUUACUGACAUCUUUGAUUAAGUAAAAGAUGUAGAUAUAUAAAUCUUUGGGGUUAAAUUAGAAAUAUUUCGAAAGGAAAAAGUUUAAGAUUGCAUUGGAUAUCUAUCAGACACAAUGA